AGUUAUUGCGCACACGAUGCUACAGUUAUUCGAACUCCUACUAUUAAAAAUCAAUGGACGGCAGUUGAAAGUUUACGGCCGUCUACAUCAGUGCUCUUACCACCUCGACGAGCUAAGUAGGUAAUUUUUACACCGGCGAAAAGUUUAAAAUUUAAGCGGUUACGUUUUAGUUUUAGUGCGAUUCAUUAGUGCGGUACCAACCGGUGGUACACACCCAACUACCCAUUGCACGCCAUUCCGUGCGGUUUCUUUGUUUGACGAAUGGUUUCCUUUCCCGCAACUCUGGCAGUUCGGUACAUCUAACUUUUAAUCUGAAAAGGGCAAACAUUCUAAGAGAGGACGGAGUCGUUAUCGAGUAUAAUGAUCUGAUUUGACCUGCUGUUCACGGUGCAAGAGAAAAGUUGGCAAAAUUCGAAGAACUUCUCUCAAUGACGAGCCGAAUGGCGACCUUCCUCUUAUCACUUCAAAACCAGGAAAAUACAGGUGGUGCAGGAAUUCUCACUUGACUCUUCAGAGGAAACACGAGAGGACAAAAAUCUGAGAGAGGAUAUCAUAAAAAUCAAGAAAAAUGGACGUGCUGCACGUAAUUGGCUAUACUGUAGGAAUCCUCUUCGUGACAGUUUACUUAUUAGAGGCAUACUUGCACUGGAGACGACGCCCGUUGAUAAAACUAAUGAAGUCCAUUCGGAAGAUCGGUCGCAAUAUGCCGGUGGUAGGACACAUAUGGCUGAUGUGGGGAAAGUUGGAGCACGCUCUUUACACAGCCGAGAAGCUUGUUCGACAUUACGGUCAAGACGGGAAUUUCGCGGUGUGGAUCGUUGAUCGGGUGUAUGUUGUCCUUGUGAAACCGGAGGACUUAGCCCUCACAUUGGGAUCGCCGCACUUCAUCAGCAAAUCGACGGAGUACACCAUCAUGCAGAGUAGCAUCAUGGGGCAAGGCCUUUUCUCCGUGACGGACGUCAACGAGUGGAGAAAAAACAGGAAGCUCAUCACGCCCGCCUUCCAUUUUCAGAUUUUGAAGACAUUCAUAGACAAUUUUCACAUGGAGUCCAAAAUUUUGAUUGACAACGUUAGGAACCAAAUGGACAAUAACGGGGAGGUUGAGGUGCAUCGCUUUAUUGGACUCUGCACUUUGGAUAUGAUCACAAAGAAUGCUAUGGGCGUCACAGUUGAGGCGCAGAAAAACAGCACCCACGUUUUCGUCCAAGGCAUGGAGACCGUCUUACACGUGUGGUACAUGCGCAUCAUAAGCCCGUGGUUACUGAGCAACGCCAUCUUCAGUCUGACGUCGCUGAAGACUCGGCACGACACGGCGAUGCGCGGCGUGCAGGCGUUCGCGACGCAGGUGAUCCUGGAGAAGCUGGAAGAGCGGCACCUGGCCGCCACGAGUGUCUCGCCGGUGGUCUCCGGGCAGGAGGAGGACGAUGCGUUCUGCCGCUCCCGCAACACGCGGGCCUUCCUGGACCUCCUCAUCGACACCGCCUACGAGGGCGUCGACCAGCGGCGCAUGGCCCGCCUCAUCGCGAGCCUCCGCCGACAGAAGGACGCGCAACAGGAGCCCGGAUUUUGGGCCAGGCUCCGCGGGGGCUUCGAUGGCGGGCAGAAGCCUCUAGCCGAUAAGAAGGAGACAGCCGAAAGGGACACGAACAAUAACGCGGACUGCGGGGCGACGCAGGACGACGGAGAGGAGGAUGCCGCGCUGGAGCGGGUCACCUGUCAGCUGCGAGACGAGGUGGUGACCAUCAUGGUUGGCGGUCAAGAGACGACCGCGUGCGAGAACAGCUUCGCCAUCCUCAUGUUGGCGCUCCACCAGGAUGUCCAGCGCAAGGUGACGACGGAGUUGGCCGAAAUAUUCGGGUCCGAUUGUCGACCACCAUCUUACGACGACCUCCAAAGAAUGGCGUAUCUGGAGUGCGUCAUCAAGGAGACGAUGCGGCUCUUCCCAGCACUUCCGGUCAUGGCACGCGUGGCCCAACAGAAUACGACUCUGUCCGAUAAUUCGUUCCUGCCGAAAGGAUGCACGGUGGUAGCAUUCAUCUACUCGUUGCACCGGGACCCUCGGUAUUUUCCGGAGCCGAACCGGUUCUGGCCGGAGCGCUUCCUGCCGGGGAACAGCGGGAACAGACAUCCCUACAGUUACAUCCCUUUCGCGGCUGGAGCCCGCAACUGCAUCGGGCAGAAAUACGCCAUGCUCCAGAUGAAGACAAUCCUGUCGACGGUGCUCCGCGAGUUCAGGAUCCUGCCCAGCCAGAAGAUGCCCAACAUGGAUAGCAUACGACUCCUCAUGACGUCCACGCUCCGCUCCAAAACGGGGUGCUGGGUUCGACUCCAGCCACGGAGUUCCUCCUCGAGCGCCUGAGCAAGGGUCACCCCGCGACUUGACCACCGAACCAUACGAUAGGAAACGUGGAUCCUUAAAAUCACUGGAAAAAAACACAUUGUAUCUUGAGUCCAGACUCUUAAAAACGUCGACAAGAAAAAGUACUCUUGAUUCAAUCAGAAUCUAGCUU